AACACGACCACGCCAUGUGAGAGACCUGUGGAGCAGCACUUAGCAGGGUUGUAUUCUAUUGAACAGCCUCUAUUACCCAAAUGUAAAGUUUAAACGUUUACUCACACGAAGGCACAUUUAUUUUUCCCUUGUAGAAAGUGUACAACAUGCCGAUGAACAACAACCAGAAGGUGCAGAGGGCAGCUGCCAGGCUGGCCAAGCUGCCAGUGGUUCACUCAGCUUGUACCAAGCUGUCAGUCUUAUACAUUGACACUAAAUACAGCCACCCCAACCUGAGGUCUGUGUGUGAGGGGCUGGAGAGCAGCGUGGCAGCUAUAGUUACACCUGUCUGUGUAAAACUGGAGCCCCAGAUGUCCAUUGCAAUUGACGUGGCAUGUAAAGGUCUUGACUGGCUGGAGACUGCGUUCCCAGUGCUUCAUAUGCCCACAGAGCAGAUUGUUGCCACUGCCAAGAACAAGAUGCAUGAGAUCCAGGAUGUGGUGAGCAUAGCAGCUAAUGGGACUGUGGACUGCGUACAGCACACAGUCACAUGGCUGAUGGGCAGGACACAGCAGGGUGAUAACCAGGCUGACCAGCCACUGGUGGAGAGAGCCAUCACUGUGGCCAGUGUGGGACUGGACUCUGCUCUGAUCAUGUCAGAGGUUCUGAUGGACCGAGUGCUUCCUCCUACUGAAGAAGAUGAAGAGGAAGAAGCUCACUUGUUGGAGGGUUUCGAGGCGGCCACGCUCAGGAGACCUUAUCCUGCACGACUUGCUUCACUCACUGUCAGGCUGUGUAGGAGGACCUUCCACAUGGUUGGGUCCAAGAUGCAGUCUAUUCAGGUAAUGGAGAAUUUGUCCAGGUCUUCAAGUCUGAUUCAGGACCUUCAGACCAGCUGCCUGACCUUGGUCUGGAGCAUCCAGGGGCUGCCUCAGCAUGUGCAGCAUCAGCUUGUGUCUGCGUUCUUCUUUUUUUCCCAGAUGUAUAACUUAAGCUACCCACCUUCCCAACACCAGGGCGACAAAGACAGAAGCUGUCUCAAUGCAGCCGAGACCUCCCCAACUCACAAGGACGUGGUCCCUGCUCACCCACAAACUACGCCAGCUAGCUGCCAAAAGAGACGGCCAGCCAAAAUGUCUCCGUUUAACAAUGGGUGUAAUGUUAAAGGAUGCGUUCGUCGCUGAACACUACUGUAAUUAUUUGAUAUACACAGUUGUGUUUAGUUUGUUCUGCAGUUCCCAAUGAGGUGCAACUGAAAUAAAACUUAAAUUCAUUCACUUUGAUUCCGCAUCCUUUAAGUCUUGCAGCUGUUCAGGCAGAUAAAAGCCACCACUGUUAUGCCUACAUAGGGGGGGCACUAAGUCAAAACUGAGGAGACAGAACUCCUAGCAUUGGCAGUUAAUCAUGUAAUAUAAAAGAUGGCUUCCUAUAACUGAUUUGUGUGAAAGGUUAAUAAAGGCAUACAGGCUCAAA